AUACUCGCGCUCAUAAAAAGAGAAAGAUUCUCCUCUUUUAUUCCUUCGACACCAACCUCAAAAAAAUCCCCAAUUCUCAUAAAAUUCAACCCUAAUUUCCCUUCAGUUGAUUCAAAGCUUUCAACUUCAGCGCUUCAAUUCACCCAAUUGUUCUUGGUUUCGUUUCGGUUUGUGUUCAUUUUGGUUUCAAUUAACCUUUUAAUUUUAGGUUUUUUAUGGUCCAAAAAAUGCUGAUAAAGCUAAUAUGGCUGAGCCUGGGUUAGAUUUGAUUGUUACGAGCUUCGUUGAUUUCAGAAAUUUCGGUAUUAUGGGAUUUGGAUGUUCUAGGGUUUGUUUUCUAGGCUGCCGGUUUCGCUUCCGAUCGGCAUUCGAUUCUUACUCCGCUGCAUGUGAAGCAUUCUCUGAAAAGUUUCUUCCUUCAAUUAAUUCUGUUCUCUAGUAGCGAUUGUGUUUCUAGUUUGGUUUUUUUUUCUUUUUUUCUUUGCCCCUCCAAAAGAUUUCUUCUUCUUUUUCCUCUUCUUCUGUUUUUCUUGGGUUUGGUAUGGAUUCGCGUACAGCUGUAAUGCGUGGAACUUCGGAUUCUGGGUUCGAUGAUGUUGUGGAGAAAGAUCCAACUGGACGAUAUUUGCGGUAUGAAGAAGUCUUGGGGAGGGGAGCAUUCAAGACUGUAUAUAAGGCUUUUGAUGAAAUUGAUGGAGUAGAAGUAGCUUGGAACCAAGUGAGUAUUGAGGAUUUAAUGCAAACGCCGGACCAGUUGGAAAGAUUGUAUUCUGAGGUUCAUCUGCUUAAGUCAUUGAAACAUGAGAAUAUUAUGAAGUUUUGUUACUCUUGGGUGGAUGAUACUAACAAGACUAUUAAUAUGAUAACUGAGCUGUUUACAUCUGGCAGUUUGAGAAAGUACCGAAAGAAGCAUAAAAACGUUGAUCUGAAAGCUAUCAAGAACUGGGCUAGACAGAUUCUUCGAGGAUUGCACUAUUUGCACUCUCACAAUCCUUGUAUUAUCCAUAGAGAUUUGAAGUGUGACAACAUAUUUGUUAAUGGAAAUACUGGAGAAGUAAAAAUCGGUGAUCUUGGACUGGCAGUAGUGAUGCAACAACCCACUGCUCGCAGUGUCAUUGGCACUCCUGAGUUUAUGGCUCCCGAGCUUUACGAAGAAGAAUACAAUGAACUUGUGGACAUAUAUUCUUUCGGCUUGUGUAUAUUAGAAAUGGUUACAUGUGAAUACCCUUACAAUGAAUGCAAAAAUCCAGCUCAGAUUUAUAAGAAGGUUACCAAUGGAAUAAAGCCAGCUUCCCUUAAAAAAGUUAAUAAUCCCGAAGUCAAGCAGUUCAUCGAGAAGUGUCUGGUUCCUGCAUCUAUGAGAUUGCCUGCUGUUGAGCUUUUGAAAGAUCCAUUUCUUGCUACCGAAAAUCUUGUGAAUCUGGACCAGGAACCUAAUGGGAUACUUGCUAUUACUCCUAAACUAGUUGACUCGCCACAUGCUCCAAUGAAUUCUGAACCACAACGUUCUGAACAUCGUCCGAUGGAUGUAGAUUCUAUCAGCAAAAAGCAUUCUACUAUUGGUUCAGUUUUGAAAAGUGCAAGUGGCAUGCCUAGUAUUUCAAGUGCAGAACUAUGGAAGCACACUAAGAAUAAUGAAUUCAGGCUAAUGGGGAAGAAGGAUGAUGAUAAUACAAUUUCAUUAACUCUGCGGAUUGCUGAUUCUUGUGGUCGGGUAAGGAAUAUCCAUUUUGCAUUCUUUCUUGAUUCUGACACCACAGUCUCAAUUGCUGGAGAGAUGGUUGAGCAACUUGAUCUCACAAAUGAAGAUAUUAGUGUCAUAGCCAUGUUGCUUGACAACUUGAUUGUGAAGCUUGUGCCCAGCUGGAAACUCACCUCUGGAAACUUGUCAACCGGAACAGAUAGCUCAACCGAUGAUUGUUCUAUACUUGUAAACGAUGAAAGUUGUUCUUGGGAUUCAGUACCAGGCACACCUCUUUCACACGAAAUUGACAGUCAACAUAUUCUCGAACUGACACAAUUGGAAGAUUGUGCAAACAAAGUUUCAGAUAUCUCAGCUGAGUAUGGUGAGAAUAUGUCAUACAAACUUGAUGAACUCUUCAAGGGAUCAGAAAGAUGUGGUUUCGGUUCAGAGUACAAUCAUGAGCAGGAAGAGAAUUUUCAUGAAGGAAAACUUGAGACAACCGGAAAGAGCUCUGUACUCUCGUAUUAUGAUUCUUGUUCGGGUUUAUCACAAAAUUUUAGCUUGGCAAGUAUGCAAUCCUUGUCUCUUGGAGAGAACAAUGAUUAUGAGGAGCUAAAGCAGGAGCUUGAUGCAAUUGACACUCAGUAUCAGCAAUACUGUCUUGAACUCAUGAGCUUGAGGGAACAAGCUAUCGAAAAUUCGAAAAAGAGAUGGAUAAUGAAGAAAAAAGUAGCUGCUGCUUGAUUUGUUUUUUUUCUUUUGGGUGGCUUUAUAUGUUUGAUUCUUGCUUCUUUUUUUCCUUCACAAUAUUUUCCUCUGAUUACAUUGAGGGAAUGAUUGGUUUUCAUUAUUCUUUUUUUAUUUUCUUCCUUAAAACAAGAUGAAUUUCAUUGGUUUUUUUAGUUUUAGAAAAACUGAGUCUUCUUCAUUCUUUUAAUUGUUAUUGAAUUCAUUAUAAUUUAUUAAUUUGAUAAUUUUACUGUAA